AUCAAAUAUCAUCGUUUGACGGAUUUCUCUGGUUUAACUUCAAUAGACAAAGAACAACUUUUGUCACAGAGAUAUAUGGUAUGGAAACCAAUUUCGUGGAUGUCGCUUUACUUCUGGCAAGCUUCUUUGUCGGUGUAGCAAUGAAAAUGCCAUUACUGGAUAUGGUCAAUGCAAUUGAAAAUGGGAUUGGAAGCACCUUGGGUUUCCUUGCUACAGUCAUUGCAUUGGGUACCAUUCUCGGCAAAAUGAUGGAAAUCUCUGGCGCUGCUGAACGUAUCGCCCUGUCUUUGCAACGGUGUCACUGGAUAUCCAGUGAUGUGGUCAUGGUGUUGAUUGGGCUAUUUUGUGGCAUCACUUUAUUUGUAGAAGUUGGUGUGGUUUUAUUAAUUCCCUUGGCUUUUUCUAUAGCGCAGCAUACCAAAACCUCUUUGUUUAAAUUGGCUAUUCCAUUAUGCACAGCAUUAAUGGCUGUACAUUGUGUGGUACCGCCACACCCUGCCGCACUUUAUGUCACCAAUAAACUAGGGGCUGAUGUCGGUACCGUGAUUAUUUUUGGCUUAAUGGUGGGUUUAGCCGCUGCACUGGUUGGUGGCCCACUGUUUUUAAAAUUAGUUGGUCAACGUUUACCGUUUAAACCCGUACCUGUCGAAUUUUCAAAGCUUACCUUAAAAGAAGAACACAACUUACCUUCUUUAAAAAUCACCUUAUUUACGGUAUUUCUUCCAAUCGGGUUAAUGUUAAUCAAAACUGUGGCUGAAUUAAAUAGUCAUACAUCCACUCAGCUUUCACACAUUUUAGGCUUUAUAGGCAAUCCGAUCACCGCCAUGUUUAUUGCGGUAUUUGUUGCCUACUACACCCUUGGUCUACGUCGUAAUAUGCAGAUGGGAAGCUUAUUAAAAGCCACAGAAGACUCAUUUUCUUCAAUUGCCAACAUCUUAUUUAUCAUUGGGGCUGGUGGUGCAUUUAACAGUAUUUUAAAAGCCAGUGGUUUAGCUGACUCAAUGGCUGUUACGCUUUCCCACUUGCAUAUGCAUCCAAUUUUACUUGCUUGGUUGGUUGCGCUGAUUUUACAUGCAGCUGUAGGCUCUGCCACUGUUGCAAUGAUGGGUGCAACUGCAAUCGUUGCGCCAAUGUUACCGCUCUAUCCGGAUAUUAGUCCUGAAAUCAUGGCGAUUGCGAUUGGUUCAGGUGCCAUCGGUUUUACCAUUGUGACCGACUCUCUAUUUUGGUUAGUCAAACAAUACUGUGGUGCUACAUUAAACGAAACCUUUAAAUACUAUACCUCUGCAACUUUCCUUGCCUCCCUCACCGCAUUGGGCUGCACCUUCCUGCUUUCUCAUUUUAUU